UUUAUUAGAAUGAAAUUACACGAAGUCCAGGUUGUACAAAAUUGUGAUGAAAGGAUAGAACCAAUACUGAGUUAACGAAAAGAGGGAAAUCGUAUUGUUCCAUUCUUUUUAGACAAGAAUUGACAGAUUUUCAAAAACGAUAUAGAAUCGUAAAGAUAUCGGCGCAGACAAAUAAUAAAUUCUCGCUUCGAGUCAGAAAAGGGUAAUCUUAUCUGCAGUAGGUAUUUUUCAAAAAAACAAAAAACGAAGUCGGCUUUAAGGAGAUCCGUUUCACGUUUUAGUCAAGAUUAAAAAAGGGCGAGAUAUGAGUGGUCGCACAAGCGGGAAAUCUGACGGACUUGGUUGAUCAGCACGAUGUUUUCCGUUUCCAAGUGCGCCCGAUCGCGAAUUUGCCUUGAACCCGUGAAAAAUGCCUUCUUUCGGGACCGGAUUCAGGCGAGGAGGGCCUUCAGCAUACACGAGCACAUGAGCUACGCCAUUUUUAUAAAGAAUGGCGUACCCGUGCCCAAGCACGGUUUGGUUACCGACCCGGACCAAGCCAUCAAAGUCGCUAAGUCCCUGGGCACUGAAGACCUCGUCAUGAAAGCCCAGGUCCUCACCGGAGGACGGGGAAAAGGAAGAUUCUUCAAGAGCGGAAAGCCGGGCGUCAUACCGUUCACCAUACCCCAGGAAGCUGAAGAACUUGCAUCAUCCAUGAUCGGAGACACAUUAAUAACCGCCCAGAGUGGACCGGAAGGGAAGGUUUGCAACUCGGUCAUGAUAGCUGAAAUGAUCAAGGCCAAACACGAGUACUACCUUUCUAUAGUGAUGGAAAGAAGCUUCCACGGUCCAGUUAUCAUUUCAUCGUUGAAAGGGGGUGUCGACAUCGAAAAAGUCGCUGAACAGACACCAGCAGCCAUUAAUACAACUCCCAUUGACAUCUUUAAUGGACUAAACAAGACCACUGCAGAGGGCAUUGCAGCAGGACUUGGACUGAUCAGGUGUCAGGAGGAAGUAGGGGACAUAAUAAUGAAGUUAUACGAAAUUUUUAUCACUUCAGACGCUUCUCUGGUGGAAGUGAAUCCGUUUAUUAACGACGAAAGUGACAACUUCUACUGCUUGGAUGCAAAGAUCAAUUUUGAUGACUCUGCUGAAUAUAGACAGAAGGACUUAUUUCUUUUAAGAGACUACAGUCAAGAGGACAUAAAAGAAGUGACAGCGGCCAAAUACAAUUUGAACUAUGUUACCCUCGAUGGAAAUAUCGGGUGUAUGGUGAAUGGGGCUGGGCUGGCUAUGGCCACCAUGGAUAUCAUUAAAUUGAGCGGCGGCGAGCCGGCCAAUUUCUUGGACGUUGGAGGUUCUGCCACGGAGAAAACGGUGAAAGAGGCUUUCAAGAUUAUCUCUUCAGACCCAAAAGCAAAAGCCAUUCUGGUUAACAUCUUUGGUGGCAUCAUGAGAUGUGACAUCAUCGCAAACGGGAUCGUCGCAGCAGUGACAGAGCUGGAACUGAAAAUCCCGACUGUCGUGCGACUCCAUGGCAGCAAUCACAGUAAAGGUAAAAAUAUCUUGAACAAGUCGGGCCUGAAGAUCCAUGCUGCUGAUGACCUAGCUGAAGCCGCCCGCUUUGCUGUCGAUCUGUCCAAUCAAAAAUAACGUAAAACAGUCCAUCGGAUACAUUUCAAAAUCACCUUUUAUUUAAAAAAAUUAUAUUGUUUACGUCAAACAAUAUUUUGCCUACUCAUAAAACGAAAUAAAUAAGUUGUAGAUCAUCACAAACGAUUUUGAGCACAUCAUCUCUUGGUGAGAGAAACCUGACAGAUAUAAAUGUGGUGAUAUUCACAGUACAGAAUUUAUAAUAAUUCGUAAUUUAUAAUCUAGUUUAAGAACAAAAUCAUGUCCAAUAAAACAUUUUUACUUAA